AUGGGAACGUCUGGACCAGUGUACGACGCUCUUAUUAGCCUUGACAAGUUGACAUGCUGGAACACAGGUUCACCUGAUGCCGAGGAGGGUGUGGGUGGCAACAAGCGGGAGGCGGACCACACAGAGGCGGCAAAGGCGCUCAGGAAGUUGCAAAGUUGUAAGAACAGCUUUGAUGGACUGUGA